GUGACAUCAGAGGCAGAUGUGCAGUCAGCAGUGUCUCUGGCCAGAGAGAAGUUCGGCAGAUUAGACGUUGCGGUGAACUGUGCCGGCGUUGCUGUGGCUAUUAAAACAUACAACGUCAAUAAGGACAUCCCUCACAGUCUGGAGGACUUCCAGCGUGUGAUCAAUGUGAACAUCGCAGGAAGCUUUAACGUGAUCCGCCUCGCUGUGGGGGAGAUGAAGAACAAUGAGCCGGAUGCCGAUGGACACAGAGGUUGCAUUAUUAACACUGCCAGCGUGGCAGCUUUUGACGGACAGAUGGGACAAGCAGCAUAUUCUGCUUCAAAGGGCGGCAUCGUUGGAAUGACCCUCCCCAUUGCUCGGGAUUUGGCACCACUGGGCAUCAGAGUCGUCACAAUAGCUCCUG